ACUUUCUCAGCCCUCGCGGGCUCAGUGCGCAAAGGAGAGCCAACUUUUACGCAUCGUCCGAAGUUCACCUGAGCAUCCCCGCAUGUCUCCAAAACACCCGCGGAUCUUCACCUAAACCAACUUUUCCUCAGAGCCAGUAAACUCUCCAACUUUCUGCACAUCAGGACCGGAGAUCUGGAGAUGAAGACAGAUUUCACGUUUCUUUGCUGGACUUGGAUUGGAAUAAUUUCKUGCGCCUCAGGUCUGGUGAGAGGCUUUUCUAUGACUCCACCCGUACUGGACAGCUCCAGAGACGACCGAGUGCUUCAAGUCCACCAAACACUCUCUAUUACAUGCAGGGGGGAACACACUCUGGCCUGGGUUUGGCCCGAUAAGGAGCUGGUUGGACAGGAGCUCUCAGACCGUCAGGCCCGACUGCAGACCACCAGCCCACCCGAGCAGAGGGCCGUCUCAAUCAGCGAAUGUCCCGGACAAACGGGGAGGCCGUACUGCAAGACGUUGGUCCUGAACGGGGCGCUGGGCACAGACACGGGCUACUACCGCUGUUAUUACAAAGACAGAAAGGCCAUUGAUGGCACAACCGCUGCCAGUGUUUAUGUUUUUGUCCGAGACCCUACGCAGCCUUUUCUGAUAAGAGGCAGCUCCGACGAUGGCAUCGCAAACGGCCUGGAGACCAUUUUCAUCACCCGCUUCGCCCCGAACGCUGUCGUGCCUUGUCUGGUCACGGUGCCAGAUCUGAACGUCACGCUAGUCUCGUACAUGGCACCUCUGGAGACGAAUGGGAUGACUUGGAACAACAAGCGAGGCUGGUCCAUUCCCAGGCGGAUCAUUGACAGCAUGCCUGUGGUCAUCGUUGCGUGUGUGGCCUCACUGGAAGGCACAGAGUACCGCUCUGCCAGGUACCUGAUCCAGUCGACAGACGAACAGCUGUGUGGAGAAGCCCUACAGAGAGGCUCUGUCUCACGCCACAGAGGCCGUUCGGGUCCUGACUAUCUACAACGUCAACGUCACAGAUUCUGGACCGUACGUCUGCAACGUCACCAGCGAGGACUCAACAGCAAUUAUCCAGACACAAGUCAAAGUUCAUGAAAGGCCGUUUAUCCACCUUGACUACAGAGAUGGACCUGUGGUGGAGGUGACCGCCGGCCAGAAGUCGUUCAAGUUACAGCUGAACGUUUCUGCCUUUCCCACACCGGAAACACAGUGGUAUAAAAACGGAGUGCCGAUAAACCACCGGCCCGAGUUCAAAAUGAAAAGGAUGAGGGUGCACUCCAGCCACGCAUUGGAGAUUAAGGAGGUUUGUCAGGAGGAUUUCGGCUGGUACACGGUGGUGCUGAGGAAUCGAGCCGCUUCACUGGAAAAGAAGCUUAACGUCACGCUCGUUGUCAACGUUCCUCCACAAAUUCAUGAGAAAGAAGUGGCGGAUCCCUCCAGUCCGUACCCCAGCGGCAGCAGUCAGACGCUAACAUGCACCGCCUAUGGUCUUCCUGCUCCAAACAUCAGCUGGCAGUGGAGGCCCUGGGGCCCCUGCGUCCUCAACAGCACCCAAAACCGCCUGGUCCGGCGAGACAGGAAAGGUCAGGGCGAGCGGAGCGCCGACUGUCAGAACUGGCAGGAGAUCAACCCCGAGAACGCCCCGAAUGCAAUCGAAUCGAUUGAGACGUCCGUCGAAGUGGUGGAUAACCGUCCAAAGAUAGUGAGCCGGCUUCAAAUACGCAACGCCAGCAUUUCUGUCAUGUAUAUGUGCUCUGCUGAAAACAAAGUGGGCAAAGAUGAGCGGCUGAUCUAUUUCUAUGUUACCACCAUCCCUGAGGGCUUCAGCGUGGACGUUCGACCCUCUGAGACUCCUCUGGAGCAGGACAGAGUGUCCCUGCGCUGCAGCGCCGACAACUACACCUACGACCAGCUGCAGUGGUACCGCCUCAACCAGCAGGCCCUGCAGGACCAGCGAGCCAAGCCCCAGGAGCUGGACUGCAGCAGCGUGCACCUCUACGCCAAAGCCCUCCAGGGCCAGCUCUUUUUCCAGGAGCACUCCAACAGCUGGGUGUCGGACUUCACCGCCGAGCCCGUCCGGCUGCAGGACGAGGGGCAUUACGUGUGCACGGCCCAGAGCAGGCGCAGCGGGGAGAAGCAGUGUCUGUCCAGAUAUAUYUCUGUCAAAGCCCUGGAGGCGCCUCGGUACAAGCGCAGCCUCACCAACCAGACGGUGAACGUGACGGAGUCUCUGCGGAUGGAGUGCGACGUGGAGGGCAGACCUCUGCCCCGCUUGUCCUGGUUCAAGGACAGCCAGCCUCUCCACCAAAUGUCAGGUGAACCCAGCAGAAMUAAAGACGGGCUACCUGUCCAUCAUAAUGGACCCGGUGGAGGUGCCGCUGGACGAGCAGUGUGAAUACCUCCCCUACGACUCGUCACAGUGGGAGAUCUCCAGAGACAGACUGAGACUGGGAAAGGUUUUGGGUCAUGGUGCUUUUGGAAAAGUCAUCGAAGCGUCCAUUUAUGGCGUCAGCAGAAGCAGCAGUGUGGACACUGUGGCCGUCAAAAUGCUGAAAGACGGAGCCACAGCCAGCGAGCACAAAGCUCUGAUGUCAGAGUUGAAGAUCCUGAUCCACAUCGGGAACCAUCUGAAUGUGGUAAACCUGCUGGGAGCCUGCACCAAACCAAACGGUCCGUUGAUGGUGAUCGUAGAAUACUGCAAAUAUGGAAAUCUGUCCAACUUCCUGCGAGCCAAGAGAGAGUUCUUCCUUCCUUACAGGGACCGCUCUCCAAAAACCCAGAGCCAGGUGAGGCGGAUGAUUAAAGCCGGUCAGAUGGACCAGAGAGGUCGUCAGCCGCCUCCUGCAGCCUCCACUCCUCCGAUGACAUCAUCCAGGGCGUCCAAUCAGACUCCGGCGGUGGAGAAAAUGGAGGACCUGUGGAAAACCCCGCUGACCAUCGAGGAUUUGAUCUGCUACAGUUUCCAGGUGGCUCGUGGGAUGGAGUUCCUGGCUUCCAGAAAGUGUAUUCACCGGGAUCUGGCAGCUCGUAACAUCCUCCUGUCAGAGGACAACAUCGUGAAGAUCUGUGACUUUGGUUUGGCCCGAGACAUUUACAAAGACCCGGACUACGUCAGGAAAGGCAACGCUCGCCUGCCUUUAAAGUGGAUGGCUCCGGAGAGCAUCUUUGACAAAGUCUACACCAGCCAGAGUGAUGUGUGGUCCUUCGGAGUCCUCCUCUGGGAAAUAUUUUCACUUGGUGCAUCUCCGUACCCAGGAGUGCAGAUUGAUGAAGAGUUUUGCAAGCGGCUAAAAGAUGGCUUCAGGAUGAGAGCGCCAGAAACCGUGUCCCCUGAAAUAUAUGGCAUCAUGCUGGCCUGCUGGCAUGGCGAGCCCAAAGAGAGGCCCACCUUUCCUGCGCUGGUUCAAAUCCUGGCAGACCUGCUGCAGGACAACAGCCUACCUGAUGGGAAAGAUCACCCCCMACUGAACCACUCACAGAACUCAGAAGAUGACGGUUUCUCGCAGCCGUCAUCCCGACCCCCAUCUGAGGAAGAACUGAGACUGGCCUGCAACACCCUGCCCACAAGCAGGUAUUAUAACUGUGUACCGUUUGCUGGCUGUGUGGUCAUUGGACCCUUCAAAGCAUCUCAACCCGGUGUCAAGACAUUUGACGAUUUGCCGCUAGAGAUUCAGUCCCAAAAAACCCCUCAAUCAACCUGCGUCUCCCCUCAGGACAACCAGACGGACAGCGGGAUGGUUCUGGCCUCCGAGGAAUUCGAGAGAAUCGAGCACAGCCACAGAGGCGCCAUCCUAAAAAGUCGGAUGAGCAGCACCAGCAGCACGGAGCCCCUCAUGGGCCCCGCCUGCUCUCUGGGUCUGAACACCAGAACCGGCAGCUCCGGGCACCGGCCCAGCUUCUUCAGCCAGCUGUCAGGACAGACCUUCUACAACAACGAGUACGGACACCUGUCUGAGGGGGGCUUCUGCGACUUCUACUCCCCUCCCAACACCCCCUGCGUCGCCUCCUCCAACAUGUAGCCUCGUCCAGAACAAAGAGCAGAGCUGCUGAUUGUUUCGGGACGGGGAUCAAAGGUUCUCGGUUCAUUUAUCAGGUUCUAGGAUCAUUCAAAGAAAGCUGGCUUUUACUCAUUCUUCCUCUAUCAAAGACUGAAGCUCCUCUAACAAGCCACUGGGUGGCAGUAUUAUGACAAAAACAUGAUCCCAGAGUAUUUUCUAUACAUACAUUUAUAUUUUUUAUCUUUUUAUUGAGUAUUCUUUUUAUUUGUACAAGUUAAGACUCACACAGGAAGAAAUAAAGAAUUUAUCCUCUCA